UGUCACGCGACUGUCUAGCCCAUUACAUAACUGUGUAUUGUGUUUUCGCUUUAUUUGUAGUGCGGGAAAGGACGGUUAAUGUAGGGGUUCAGUCGAUAAAAAAUCAUGGCGUGUUGUUUUUCCGUACAUAAUAGCAAAGUAAUAAUAGUUACAAUCGACCAAAAAGAAUAGAGAUUGUAAGAACAUGGCUGGAAACCUGGAUGAUAUGUUUAGCAACAAGGAGACGUGUAACUGGUUUAAAGCUUCAAUCGCACUGAUCAUCACCAAGCAAGGACUAGAAAAGUUUGUUGACUCAGAAAUACAGAAACUGCACGCAAAUGUUGGAAGAGCUUGUGGAAAUUGCUUUACAGAGAACUUAAUAAAAUGCCCAACAUACGGUGUAUGUAGAAACGCAAAGAGUUGUAGCUUUCACAAUACACCAGGACUACUUCCCUGUCCCUGUCCAAUGAAUAUAUGUGAUCAAGUGAAACAAAAUAUCGCCUCACAUCACAGAUAUUCUAAUCCUUCUUGGAAGAAUACAAGAACUGAGUUAUGGGCUGCAAACCACUGGGAGAUCGCCAAAUGCUAUCUUCCUCCGGACGGGUAUAUUGAUGUAGCGUCAGUACAGGACACUGACUUCAAUGGCGUCAUAAGUGUAAUCCUUAACUGCACGCAUUUUGACAAGUGUUUCUCAUUCAAUAUUGCACCACGUUUUCCAAGUCCAGAAUGCAUUUUGACACAGGUUCGUCAGAUAGGCAGAGACGUUCGCCACACUUCGAGUUGUCAAGUAGCAGAUUCGGACCUCAAGAACAUAAUUCUGAAAUUACAAAGCCUUCUCACUGAUCCAGUCAGCCUUGCAAACGAUCCGAACGCAAGUUCAGCAAUAAAUACACUCAGAAAAUUGAAAAAUAACACACAAUUUAUCACUCCAGACGAACUACUUGAACAUCUGAAAGAUGCGCGUCAAAAUCUGGUUAAAAUAAAUGACCAAAGUGAAAGACGUUCAAAGGAAGUGGACACGGUAUUAUUAGAGAUUGAUACCCAUAUGAAACAAUGCCUUCAACAAAUUGAGGAGAGUGAAAAUGAAGCAAGGGAGCGAAUUUCAAAAGAAGGCAAAGAAGUAUUAGCACAGAUAGAAUCUCACAGGUUAGCGAGCGCUAAAAUGAUUUCAGAGAAAGAAAAGGAAGUUAAACAAAAGGCUUUAGAAACAGAAAAAAUAGCACGGGAAGUACACCAGAAGGCUCAGGAAAUAGAACACACAGCGCACAAUGUUGAAAUACACGCAGCAAAUGUGUUUCAACAUACACUGACAAUAGAUAAAAAAGCACAAGAAAUAGGAAACAAGAUUGAAAUAAUUGAGCAAAAGCUGAACGAAACAGAAAUGAUAAAUAACGACCUAGAAAUUGAAGAUCUGCGUCGGCGUUUAAUUCAGCAUUACAACAAUACUCUAAAUCUCGUCACUUUGUCGCCGUUGAAUCCAAGUUUCGGUAGUGCUACACCAAUAGAUAAUGUAUAUGCUACCCCAAACAUAUUCCGAAUGCAAAUGAAUAAGCCAACGUUGAAAAGAGAUUAUCCGUGUUACUCAAAUUUUCAAAAGAAAUAUGACCAAUGCAAGGAAAGAGAAAUUUGUCUUUACAAGGACCUUUUUGACACUAAUGACAAGUUAAAUGGACGAAUAUUUUUACAAGGUGACGCAGGUACUGGUAAAACAAUGUUUGUUGCAAAGUUAGUGUUAGACUGGUGCAAGGUCAGUCACUCGUCAUGUUAUUCUGGUGAAGAUGAAACGGAUUUUAAUGAUUUUGCAUCACUGGCUGGAUUUAGUUUCGUCUUUCUCGUCACUUUGAGAGAUUCUCUCGAUGAGCGUGAAAUACCAAAGAUGAUUAAAGAACAUAUUAUCGACAUGGUAUAUUCAGAUAUAGACCGUGACAAAGCCUACAUUCUUCUUCAACGAAUUAUGGAAAAGAAAAUCUGUCUUGUCAUUCAAGAUGGCCUUGAUGAGUGGAGAGAUACGAAAGGAAAACUAAUACUACCGCUGAUGGUGGAAUGCCACAACAAGUGCACCUUGUUAAUAACAACUCGGCCAUGGAAACUGGCAGACGAACGUAUACGAGACUCACAAAUUGACGGGUUGUAUCUAUUGGAUGGAGUAAAAGAUGUAUUUACCCUUAGUAGGAAGGUAAUGGGUUAUCUCGUUCCGGAAAAGUUACAUCUACAUUAUUGUUUUGAACAGUACGUAAAAUCGAAACAACUUGAAGAAUUGUUGUCAAAACCAAUAUUGCUUAAAAUAAUCGUUUCGUUAUGGGCGGCUAAUACAUGUGUUGAAGGUUCAAUGUGCAAAAUUUACAGCAUUCUGCAAGAUGGUCUACUUAAGAAGGUCAGCGAUGAAGUUGCUGUCAUUGAGUCAGUUGAAGAGUUUAUGAGCGCAUAG